UUCAACGCUGCCUGGGGAUUUCCCCAAAACGCCUGGCCGCAACAAAUCUCUCCCUUAUCCUCAACCCCCGACUACAACAAUCCCCCAACACGACCACCGCCAUGCCGGCCGGCGAGCUCCGCCCGUCGGCGGUGCCGUUGCACCCCAGUAGCCCUGCCUCCCCCACCGCCGCAGCGUCCGGCGACGAGGCCUGGGUAUGGGCUCAGAUCAAAGCCGAGGCCCGGCGAGACGCCGAAGCCGAGCCAGCUCUCGCCAGCUACCUCUACUCCACUAUUCUCUCCCACUCUUCCCUCGAGCGAUCCCUGGCCUUCCACUUGGGCAACAAGCUCUGCUCCUCCACCCUCCUCUCCACUCUCCUCUACGACCUCUUCCUCAACACCUUCUCCUCCGAUCCUUCCCUCUGCGCCGCCGCCGUCGCCGACCUCCGCGCCGCCCGCGUCCGCGACCCCGCCUGCGUCUCCUUCUCCCACUGCCUCCUCAAUUACAAGGGUUUCCUCGCUUGUCAGGCGCAUCGAUUGGCUCACAAGUUGUGGAUGCAAUCCCGGCGGCCGCUGGCUCUAGCGCUGCAGUCCCGGGUCUCCGACGUUUUCGCCGUCGACAUCCACCCGGCGGCGAGGAUCGGGAAGGGGGUUCUGUUCGACCACGCCACGGGGGUGGUCGUCGGCGAGACGGCGGUGAUUGGGAACAACGUGUCGAUCCUGCACCACGUCACGCUCGGUGGAACGGGGAAAGCUUGCGGCGACCGGCACCCGAAGAUCGGCGAUGGCGUGCUGAUAGGCGCCGGGGCGACGAUCCUGGGGAAUGUCAACAUUGGAGAAGGAGCGAAAGUUGGGGCAGGUUCUGUGGUUCUGAUCGACGUCCCGCCGCGGACCACUGCGGUGGGGAACCCUGCCAGGCUCGUCGGAGGGAAGGAGACCCCAUCCAAGCACGAGGAGUGCCCAGGAGAAUCCAUGGAUCAUACGUCAUUCAUUUCGGGCUGGUCGGAUUACAUUAUCUAGGACUUCCCCGCCGGAGUUCCCUUCCUUCUGAGGUUAGUCCGUGUUCAUUUUCAUUCACUGUCCAUUUACGAAUUGAGUUCAUGACGAUAAAGUAAACCAUGAUGAAUGUACAAUAGAAAUGGAAGGGUGAACCCCGGGAUGAAAACGUCGUUGGGGACGGCUGUUGGAGUGGAGCUAUCCUUUGUUUGAUGAACAGAGGGAAAGAUCCGAACCCCGUGAACCCGGCCCCAAUCAUUAUUUCCUCCAGCACAUUUUGGAAUUCCUCCCUUGACAAUGCCCUUUUUUUUUGUUGUUCUUGCUGUCGUCUUUGUAGUGAGACUGCAAAGUUUUUGUGAUGCAGGAGUUAUAUAUGGGAAUGGAGAAGAAGGAGAAAGAAGAAACAAGGAUAGAGGAUAAUUCACAUUGUAGACUUGUUUGAGCUUUCUCUUUGUCGGGGUCUCGGAACUGUGUGCUAUUGAGCUUCUUUUUGAUUUCCCUGUUGGAAAUGAAAGCAGAAGCUCAUGAUAGAAGCGGGGAAAGGGCUAGAGAGGAUGAAGGAGGGGAAUCAGGAUGAUGGAGAUUACUCUACAGUUUUGCAGACAGCAGCGUAGAAGUCAGCCGAGCUCAGUUCCUGGGUAUUUUCUGUGAAAUACUUGUCGUAACAUUCUUCAAUGGCAGUAGCUAAUAUCUCUGUCCUUGUUAUGCUCACUUCCUGCAAUCCCAGGUAGGUUUGGGUUUAGUUACGGGAUGAGUACAGAAAGUAGACUAGAGGCGAGAAUUAGAUAUUGUGCAGGUGAAGAAUAGUAAGUUUUGAAAACCCAGGUUAGAUUUUUUCAUUCCUGGAUAUGUUGUAACUUAAAUUGCGUUGAUUGAUGAUCGAUCCCCUUGCAUCAUAAGCAGGGCACUGGCUGUGGCUAGUUAUCUAUCUGUUGUUCCAGGUGUUGGAACCAUAAGCCCAGAAGUAUGGAACAGUUCCUAGAAACAGAAUUGAAACAACAUGAUUUUUGCAGAAUAAGAAAAAGAAACGAAGAAUUUCAAAGGCACAGCUUUUGGUGACCAUCAGGGGAAAGACUUAAGAAAAUAAGGGAGAAAAGGGGAAGAUGUAAGAGCAUACCAGGAGCCAAUUUCAUCAUAGAUUGGCCCAUCUCUUCAAAUGGUGAACCGAGCAGUGGUAAUUCUGGCACAAACAAUUGCUGCUGGUUAUUGAGAAAAGGGCUGCAUGGCAGAGUAUCUGUCUUGUGUUGCCUUGCUUUGGAAGCAAAGCUGCAAACAAACUUUCAGGUAGCUGAUAUUAUCAUUGCAAAGACGGCCCCCUACCAGUGCGGUUUUCAUCGAAAAACGCGCUCCCGGGUGGCGGUUUUCGCCUAAACCGCUGGUAAGGGUGGCGGUUUUGCAGAAACGGUGCUAUUUUUGGAAUUUUUCGGAGUGUUGUGCUAUUUUUGGAAUUUUUUUUUAAAUAAUGCUACUUUUGGAAAAAUCCCCCAUUUCCUUGCAUCGCAUAAGGAGUUGUUAUAUUACUAAGAACCCGAACAACAUAAGCGAUUUCAUAUAUUUGAAUUUUGUACAAGUCUUUUAUCAUUUCCUAUGCUUCAACUAUUUGAAUAGGGGUAGAUUCUGUGACCCGAAUCUGCGAUUCAAAUGGUAUUCUGACCAGUCCUUUGUGACAACUCCCCUACCAUGUCUUCUUGAGGAUUGAUACCUGCUCACUCCUCCUUAGAAUGAGGCUUAGCUCUCUUCCUCUUCUUCUUCUUCUUCAGAGAAUUUGCUGAACUCGAUGGAGAGGCGAAGUUCUUGGAAGUUCUUUGAUAAACCGACUUAAGUGAA